AUGAGGUUGGGGUCGUUGUUUUGCGUCGCCGGAACUCCGGCGAACUCAGACAAUGAUGACAACCAUGAAAGCAGACCAGAUUCCAGCGAGCCUGUCGCCGGAACACUCUCUGUCACUCUCUCGUCGAUCUCUCUCGUCUCUCUUAAUUUCUCUUCUCUCCCUCUUAAUAUCUCUGUGCGUGUCUGCGAUGGUGAGAGAGUGACCAAAUCUGGAGAUACAUACGACUGUAUAGAUUUCUAUAAACGAGCUGCAUUUGAUCAUCCAUUGUUAAAGAACCACAAUUUUCAUCACAAGAUGAAACCUACUUUAAUUAGGACAAUGCAAAAUUCAGAUACGACAUUAGUUAAUAAGUCUUCGAACAUAUGGUCAAAGGAUAACGGUUGUCCUUUCAGAACUGUUUCCAUUAAAAGAAUAACCAAAGAUGAUCUUAUCCGACAAAAACAUAUUCCGCCACCAGAAGGUAUCGUAUUUGAAUCCCCAUUGACUAAUAUUAACAAUGAUAGCGAGCGAAAAACAAGUCACAUAUUAUCCUCGAAGGGAUACAAGCUUGCAAUAGUUCAAGUUCCACAUAAUCCAAAUAAUAAGUUAGCUGGAGUUAGAAUGUCAACUAGUUUAUGGAAUCCUCGUAUAUUUGAAAAUCAACCACAUUCUGCAUGUCGAUUGAAAAUUCAGAAAGGAUCAGACAUUUUACAAGUGGAUCCAACACUAUAUGGGGAUACUAAGACUAGAUCAUUUAUACAUUUUCAGGUAAGGGUGUCAAGUGGGCCGGCUCGACCCGGCCCGACACGGCCCAAUUUAAUAAAUGGAAACUGGUGGCUUUUGUAUGAUGAAACCAACGGACAAAUUGGUUUUUGGCAUGCGCGGAUUUUCACCGAGUUGGGAGGCUUUGCUAAUAAUGUUGAGUGGGGAGGAGUAGUAUAUAGUCCGCCAGGCGUGUCUGCACUUCCAAUGGGCUCCAAAUGUUUUCCUGUUGGAGAUCCUAAUUAUGAUGCUUAUUGUAGGAGACUUAACGUUUUAAAUGAUAAAGGUGAGACAAUACACAUAUACAAAACGAACGUACGUGUUAGUGAUCCUAAGCACUAUGGUCUUAUGGAUGUACCACAUUGGAGAGGUGGAGAGUAUCAACAUAUGGCAUUUUAUGGAGGACCUGGUGGGUUCGAAACAUUAUGUUAA